AUGACUGACGGCCCAACUCUCGCAGCUAUUGCUGCUCUCGUCAAAUCCUUAGCCGUCGACCCGGCUACUACCCAGACUUCUGGACUUCGCCCGAGCACCCAUGUCAGGCUUCCCGGCCCCUAUACCCGUGAGAAGGGUGACUUGGAGCGAGAGCUCUCCGCUCUUGUUGUCCGUAUAGAGCUGCUGGAGACUGCCGCUAUCGCUGCCUCUCCUCCAGUUAUGCCCGAUACGCCAAAUGCGACACCCGAUGCGCUGUUUUCAGAGUCCGCCCUUUCGCCAUCUUCCGAAACGCCUGAUCCUCGCUACCCCGCUCCGCUACCGCGGAAUGGCUUCAUCGACGAGGCCCUGGAGGGUCUCCGCGAACAUGUCGACGACCAGUCCAAGCUGCUUGACAGCCAGCGUCAGGAGCUCGCCGGUGUCAACGCACAGCUGAUUGAGCAAAAGCAACUUCAGGAAAAGGCUCUUGCCAUCAUCGAACAGGAACGCGUUGCUACCCUCGAGCGGGAACUCUGGAAGCACCAAAAGGCCAAUGAGGCCUUCCAAAAGGCUCUCCGAGAAAUCGGUGAGAUUGUCACUGCCGUUGCCAGGGGUGACUUGUCCAAGAAGGUCCGCAUGAACUCGGUGGAAAUGGACCCGGAAAUCACCACUUUCAAGCGCACAAUAAAUACAAUGAUGGACCAGUUGCAAGUCUUCUCCUCCGAAGUCUCGCGUGUCGCUCGUGAAGUCGGAACCGAGGGCAUUCUCGGUGGUCAGGCUCAGAUCGAAGGCGUUGACGGCACCUGGAAGGAACUUACAGACAACGUCAACGUUAUGGCCCAGAAUCUUACCGAUCAAGUGCGAGAGAUCGCUUCCGUAACGACUGCUGUCGCCCAUGGCGAUCUUACCAAGAAGAUUGAGCGCCCCGCCAAGGGCGAAAUACUUCAACUCCAACAAACCAUCAAUACAAUGGUGGAUCAGCUACGGACUUUUGCCUCUGAAGUUACACGUGUCGCCAGAGAUGUCGGUACCGAGGGUAUCCUCGGUGGUCAAGCCGACGUUGAAGGAGUCCAGGGCAUGUGGAACGAACUAACGGUUAAUGUGAACGCCAUGGCCAACAAUCUAACAACCCAAGUCAGAGAUAUCAUCAAGGUUACUACCGCUGUCGCCAAGGGUGACCUCACACAAAAAGUACAAGCUGAAUGCCGCGGUGAGAUUUUCGAACUGAAGAAGACUAUCAACUCUAUGGUGGACCAACUACAACAAUUUGCUCGCGAAGUUACAAAGAUCGCCAGGGAGGUCGGAACCGAAGGAAGGCUCGGUGGCCAGGCCACCGUUCACGAUGUCCAGGGUACUUGGAGAGACCUCACCGAAAACGUCAACGGCAUGGCCAUGAAUUUGACCACGCAGGUGCGAGAAAUUGCAAAAGUUACUACAGCCGUCGCCAAGGGUGAUUUGACCAAGAAGAUUGGGGUCGAGGUUCAGGGUGAGAUUCUGGAUUUGAAGAACACCAUUAACACCAUGGUUGACCGUCUCGGUACUUUUGCUUUCGAGGUCAGCAAGGUCGCCAGGGAAGUCGGCACCGAUGGCACCCUGGGUGGUCAGGCUCAGGUUGACAAUGUGGAGGGGAAGUGGAAGGACCUCACGGAAAACGUCAAUACCAUGGCCAGCAACCUUACAUCUCAGGUCCGUGGGAUCUCUACCGUCACACAAGCCAUUGCCAAUGGUGAUAUGAGCCGCAAGAUCGAGGUUGAAGCCAAGGGAGAGAUACUCAUACUCAAGGAGACUAUCAACAACAUGGUUGACCGGCUUUCCAUUUUCUGUAACGAGGUGCAGAGAGUCGCAAAGGAUGUCGGUGUGGACGGUAUCAUGGGAGGACAAGCCGACGUUGCUGGCCUGAAGGGCAGGUGGAAAGAGAUUACCACCGAUGUCAACACAAUGGCGAACAACUUGACGGCCCAAGUGAGAGCUUUCGGCGACAUUACAAACGCAGCAACAGACGGGGACUUUACAAAACUCGUCGAGGUAGAAGCCUCAGGCGAGAUGGACGAACUCAAAAAGAAGAUCAACCAGAUGGUCUACAAUUUGAGGGACAGUAUCCAACGUAAUACCCAAGCCAGGGAAGCCGCCGAACUGGCCAAUAAGACUAAGUCCGAGUUUUUGGCGAACAUGUCCCACGAAAUUCGAACACCCAUGAACGGCAUCAUCGGCAUGACACAGCUCACUCUCGAUACUGAUCUGACGCAGUAUCAGAGAGAAAUGCUCAACAUAGUCAACUCCCUGGCCAACAGCUUACUGACCAUUAUCGACGACAUUUUGGAUCUGUCCAAGAUCGAAGCUAGGCGUAUGGUCAUCGAAGAGAUUCCUUAUACGUUACGUGGCACCGUCUUCAACGCGCUCAAAACUCUCGCAGUCAAAGCAAACGAGAAGUUCUUGGAUCUCACAUAUCGGGUCGACAGCUCCGUACCCGACCACGUUGUCGGUGAUUCCUUCAGAUUGCGCCAGAUUAUUCUUAACCUCGUUGGCAACGCUAUCAAGUUCACCGAGCAUGGUGAAGUCAGCCUUACCAUCCAGAAGGCCUCCUCAGUACAGUGCGGUAAUGAUGAGUACGCUAUCGAGUUUGUCGUUUCCGAUACUGGUAUCGGUAUUCCGUCGGACAAGCUCGAUCUUAUCUUCGACACUUUCCAGCAGGCCGAUGGUUCAAUGACCCGCAAGUUCGGCGGUACUGGUCUCGGUCUCUCCAUCUCGAAGCGUCUCGUCAACCUCAUGGGUGGUGACGUGUGGGUGAAGAGUGAAUAUGGUAAGGGUAGCAAGUUCUACUUCACUUGCGUGGUCCGCUUGGCCAACGACGAUAUCGCCUUGAUCGCCAAGCAGCUCAACCCUUACAAGGGUCACCAGGUCCUGUUCAUUGACAAGGGCCGCACUGGACAUGGUCCUGAGAUCGCCAAGAUGCUUCACGGCUUGAGUCUCGUCCCCAUCGUCGUCGAUUCGGAGAGGAGUCCUGCGCUCGAGAAGGCCAAAUCUGCCGGCCAGUCGCCCUACGACGUGAUUAUUGUGGACUCGAUUGAGGAUGCUAGGCGCUUGCGGUCUGUUGAUGACUUUAAGUACCUUCCGAUCGUCUUGCUAGCACCUGUCGUUCACGUCUCGCUGAAGUCUUGCCUUGACUUGGGUAUCACGUCCUACAUGACGACCCCUUGUCAACUCAUCGACCUCGGCAACGGCAUGGUUCCUGCUCUUGAGAACAGGGCCACGCCGUCGCUGGCAGACAACACCAGGUCUUUCGAAAUCUUGCUUGCCGAAGACAACACUGUCAACCAGAGGCUAGCAGUCAAGAUCCUGGAGAAGUACCACCACGUCGUCACCGUGGUUGGAAACGGUGAGGAGGCUGUCGAGGCCGUCAAGAGGAAGAAGUUCGAUGUCAUUCUUAUGGACGUCCAGAUGCCUAUUAUGGGCGGUUUCGAAGCCACGGCCAAGAUUCGCGAGUACGAGCGCAGCCUCGGCAGCCAGCGCACACCCAUCAUUGCCCUCACGGCCCACGCCAUGAUGGGUGACAGAGAGAAGUGUAUCCAGGCACAGAUGGACGAGUAUCUCUCCAAGCCGCUGCAGCAGAAUCAUCUAAUCCAGACCAUUCUCAAGUGCGCGACACUUGGCGGACAACUGCUCGAGAAGAACCGAGAGCGCGAGCUCACUCGUGCCGCCGACGCCGUAACUGGCGGCCGCCGCGACAACGGCAUGUACUCUGCCAGCCAAGCUGCGCAACACGCUGCGCUCCGCCCACCCCUUGCUACCAGGGCCAUCACGGCCGCCGACAGCCUCGUCUCCGGCCUGGAGAGCCCGUCCAUCGUGACGGCGGACAAGGAGGAUCCUCUGAGCAGGGCAUGUGCAAGCCUCUCCGAACCUAACAUCCAUGCUGCAAGCUAA